AAAAAAAUGAACCACACAGCUGACAAACCUCGACAAAUCGGAUUCGACAGGCAGUUUUCAGCGGACGUGAAUGGCGUCCCCACGGAGAUAGUGUUCCACUGCUUCGCCAAGAAGUGGUUUUUAGUCAUAACGCAGCUCGGCAAGAUUCCCGGCAUCUACAACGUGCACUUCGAUGUCAAAAAGGACGAAAGGGUGGUUCCCUAUCUGCACGGACCAGUGGACAAUCCGGAGUUCCACGUAUCGGUGCCCAUCACGAUGAACUGCUGCUUGGGCUUGGACACUGACGAGACCCGCAGCGCCAUCCAGUUUCUGGUCAACAGAACCGGACUCCACAAGUGCCCGACGGAGUUCGUGGUGGGCUUGGGUCUCAAGCAAAUCGACGGACCCAAUCUUCGUGCCCUAGCAAAGAUCCUCGAGGAGGCGUUAUUCUAGUCUACGUUCGUUAUAUCCAAUAAAUAUUAGCUGUAUGACAGCUUUUGUAAAAAAAACCUUGAACAUUUUAAUCGGAGCCUUCAAACCCGCCUGACCAAAUUAUUGGCCUAUUCUACUGCACCCUCUUUCCUGUGCUUAACUAAAAUGUAAUCUACUCAAAAAAGGCAGUGGAAUACCAAUAACACAGUAAGCCAAAAUAAUUAUGCACCGUUGUGAAAAGGAGAGUCUCGAUAAUUUUUUAGCAAACGUCUUCUAUAUUUCCUCACAUUUGUACAUUAAAACGUGUACGCAGGUCGGGAAACACGGGCACACGUCCACCUCUCGAGGAUUACAGCACAAACACAACGGAUGUCCGGUUGUCGAGAGUUCUAGAGGAUUUAGUCGAACAGACCGAAGCCCAUGUCGUCGUCAGACUGGUCGGACUCCUCCUCCUUCUUCUUCUCCUCCUUCUUGGACUCGGCG